UGCGCAGAGCUUCGCCAGGUCGAGGGCCGUGACAUUGAGAACCUCUCGGGUGGAGAGUUGCAGAGAUUCGCCAUUGGACUGGUCUGUGUCCAGCAGGCCGAUGUCUACAUGUUUGACGAGCCGUCCUCUUACCUCGAUGUGAAGCAACGUUUGGCUGCUGCCCGCACGAUCCGUGAACUCCUGCGCCCCGACGACUAUGUCAUCGUCGUCGAGCACGAUUUGUCCGUGUUGGACUACUUGUCCGAUUUCGUUUGCGUGCUCUAUGGCAAGCCUGCCGUUUACGGUGUCGUGACCUUGCCGUCCUCUGUCCGUGAGGGUAUCAACAUCUUCCUGGAUGGCCACAUCCCGACGGAGAACCUUCGGUUCCGCGACGAGUCCCUGACUUUCCGUCUCGCGGAGACUGGCGAUGACUAUGUUGUCGAUAGGGGCCGCGCUUUCUACUACCCCACCAUGGAGAAGACCCUUGGCGGCUUCCACUUGAAGGUUGAAUCGGGUAAAUUCACGGACUCGGAGAUCGUCGUCAUGAUGGGUGAGAACGGAACCGGCAAGACGACCUUCUGUAGGAUGCUUGCGGGUGCUGAAAAGCCCGACGGCGAUGUUAGCGUGCCUCGCAUGCACAUCAGCAUGAAGCCCCAGAAGAUCACCCCCAAGUUCCAGGGCACGGUCCGUCAGCUGUUCUUCAAGCGCAUCAAGGCCGCUUUCCUCUCGCCGCAGUUCCAGACGGAUGUGUACAAGCCGCUAAAGAUCGACGAUUUCAUCGACCAGGAGGUCCAGAACCUGUCCGGUGGUGAAUUGCAGCGUGUGGCCAUCGUCUUGGCUCUGGGUAUCCCGGCCGACAUCUACCUGAUCGACGAGCCUAGCGCUUAUCUCGACUCCGAGCAGCGUAUCGUGGCCGCGCGUGUCAUCAAGCGAUUCAUCAUGCACGCCAAGAAGACUGCUUUCAUCGUCGAACACGAUUUCAUCAUGGCUACCUACCUGGCGGAUCGCGUCAUCGUGUUCGAUGGCAAGCCCUCCUUCGAUGCCCGCGCGAACACUCCCGAGUCUCUGGUCACUGGCUGCAACCGGUUCCUGAAGAACCUGGACGUCACUUUCCGCCGUGACCCCAACAGCUACCGCCCGCGUAUCAACAAGUACCAGAGUCAAAUGGACCAGGAACAGAAGCUCAACGGGAACUACUACUUCCUGGAGGAGGAGAGUUGAAUUGGGCGUCCCUCACAAGCAUGACCGCGAUCAUCACUGGCGUGGUGAGCGCGACUCCGACUGGCGACAUAUCCCGCGUCGCGAGAGA